UUAGCCAAUGCCGGCGACAAGAAACGUUCUGAAUUACCACGGCAUGUCGCUGCUUCAGGAUUAUUAUACGUAGGCGAGAACAUUCUUUUGUACUUAGCGACAAUAGUGUUGUACAGGUACAUUCUUGUAGCCUCUGGACCGGAUAUGUCACAGUGGCGUGCUUGGAUGUGAACUGGCAGGAGUAAAUGGAAACCUCCUUACUUUACAAAAUUAGCACACUUUAUAAUCUAUACUAACUUAACGUUGUUUCCCGGUUCCGUUGCCCGACUAGUACUCAAGACAUUCGACUAAACUCCUGAAGAGUUUGAAGUCAAGUCUAUCUUGAUAAAUCGACUCUGCAAUGGAAAAAUAGCACACCCGCUUUGAUUUUUUACGACAUUCAGAUAUUCUGGAAAUACAUUCUUCACAAGUUUCGAUGCGCAUUAUAGAAUCCGUGCUCUGCAAAUUACGGCAUAUAACGUCAUGGCACUCGGAUCUUUUCGACUACUGUUUUGUGUUGCACUGCUUCUUCUGUUCAUACGGGAAAUUAUGGGUGAAGAAAGUCUUAAAGAGGUGUUUCGUGAUGAUUUCGAUGGUGACACAGUAGAUUUAAGAAAAUGGUAUGUUUCUGAUACACCGUCCAAUGUCGACGGCGAGCUCCAGUAUUUUCUGCCUAACAAUGUAAUGGUUUCCAAUGGGACUAUGACGAUUACGGCCAAAUACAUUGGUCAAGACCGCAACAGUACCCCAGUGGAUGCAUUCUUUGCAAAUCGAAAUUACACAUCGGGAAUGAUUUACACCAUGAACAAAUUCUAUUUCAAAUAUGGCGAAGUAGAAUGGCGUGCUAAAGUAGCCAAAGGGAAAUCCAUUCUAUCGGUGAUCUUCCUCUUCAGUCCGAUGUGCACUCCCGUUUCCAAGUCGUGCAAAGGUUACUGGCCACCGUCCGUUACCGUAGUCGGCGCUUUAGGGGAGCAUCCCCGAAUGAUUGAAAUGAAAUCGUAUUACAUGGAUGGUCAAAAGCCAAGUUUAAUCAAAAGCAAUUACACCAGCACUGAAGAUUUCUCGUUGGACUAUCACACUUACAAACUAAUCUGGACAGAAACCUAUUUGGGAUGGUACAUCGAUGGGCACGAAGUGUACAGCAUUGCGGAAGUGAAACAAAUCCCGUCAGUUGUUUUGGGGCUGGUUAUGAAGUUGGGUGUUGGAGGCGCGUUCGCGGUCAAUCGCCAUCCGGACAAUUCCAUUUUUCCAGUGCAUUAUAUGAUAGACUACGUGGUUGUGCGCAUGUAUUCCAAUGGAUCUUUUUUUCUGGCGCUGAACGACGCUGACGCUGACGGAUCACCGUAUCUGGCUCCAGUCCUCGGCUGCGUUAUCACGUUUGUGGUGUUGUUAUUCUCCGGAGGCGCUCUGGGUGCCAUUGUAUGGCGCCGCAGGCAUGUUAUCAAAAAACUGAAAACAAUGGAGAUAUUAGCAGGGGGAAUGCGGAAGGACUCGAUGGAUAAUCUAGCAUACUCAAGCGUAGAAAAAUCAGAAAUGAACCCGGCAGUGAUGAAUUAUGUCCGUCUGCUGGAAGUUCCGCUAGCAAACAUAGAGAUGAGUAAUCUCGUUCUCGGAAGAGGAGAAUUUGGAGUUGUUUGGAAAGGCAUUGCAAACGGAUUAAUCAACGUUGCGUGUCCGGCAGAAGUUGCCAUUAAGACGGCGCGCGACAAAAAGAACCCACGACAUGUUCGCCAGCUGAUGGAAGAAAUGGCAAUCAUGUCAAAAGCCGGUCGUCAUCUAAAUAUCUGCAAUCUUAUAGGGGUGGUUCUUAAGGGGGAAACUUUGUUGUUAUUGGAAUUUUCAAGAUACGAUUGCCUAGCCAAGUUUCUAAAAUGCCAUCGCGAUGCUUGGUUCUACAGCCACACAAGUGCUACCGGUGACCUUUUGCCGUUCGACGACGACGAAGCCGACCGAUUGCAGUGCAUUCUGGAUCUUCAGCUAAAAAACAGUGAUAAUAACAAUAAAUUCGAUGGAAAAAUUCUGUCGACCAAUGAUCUUAUGAGCUUCGCUUUUCAAAUCAGCCGUGGAAUGGAAUACUUAGGCAGUCGCUCCAUAAUCCACAGAGAUUUGGCAGCGCGCAAUGUCCUUGUCUGUGACGGACGCGUGGUGAAAAUUGCCGAUUUCGGAAUGGCUAAGCAAACGCUCGAAUACGUUCUUAUGGAUCAACAGGCAUUUCUUCCGGUCCGAUGGAUGUCCCCGGAAGCGAUAACAGAGCGGAGAUUCUCUGUUCAAUCCGAUGUCUGGUCGUUUGGCAUUGCAGUGUGGGAGAUAUUUAGUUUUGGGGAGCAUCCUUAUGCCAACAUGAGAACGGACGUUGGGGACGUUGUGGAACUUGUGAAGUCACUGCGAGACGGUUACCGUAUGGAACGACCGACAUCGUGUCCAACGGCCAUCUACGAGUUGAUGGUUCAGUGCUGGAAUUUUGAUCCGAGACUACGCCCGGAUUUCACACAUUUGACACAGAGAUUACGAACCGUAAUUGGGAGGGAUCUGCUUUCAGCAUAUUUAUGUUUGGAUAUAUGCUACAGUCAAUUCAAUGAUCAGCAUCGGGAACAGCUGAAUGUUAUAAGCCAAGUCGCACCGGAAGCAGGGCAUAGUCACCAGACUGCCCUUUAGCAAUGCAUUUCUUGUGCUGUUAUCGAUAAAGCCAAAGUUAAUCAAUAGGUUGCUAAUUUUACAGUUGCACACUGAAAACUUUUUCUCGUCAAGAUACGCAAGAUACACCUUUAUUCUUUUUUUUGCACUAUAUUGUUACCGCAUGUUGGACUACAGUUUUCAUAUCUUCUUUACUCGCAUGAGGUGGUUCUCGUGGGAUGCAUUAUGCGGCAAGUCCGAAAGCGUUUGCGCAAGUUUUGAGGUUUAUUCGUUAAUCCCUUGCAGGAUUGCACUAUAAAAACAGCAGCGUUG